UGUAGCAAUUAUUAUGUUGUUCAGUCAGAAACUCACCUGUUCUCAGUUUACGUCAUCUUACAACAUGUACAUGUUUUCAUUGAGGUUUGUUUAGUCUGUGUCCCCUUAUUCAAAAUAGUUGUCUCGAUCUAGGUAAGCACAGAUUGAUGUUUUGGAAAUGUUACUCCAGUUAUCCAAGACCGUAUCCCAAAAUGUUCCGGCUGUGUUUAUUACUGUUACUACGGCUAGUUGGGAGCGCCACUGACGCUGGAGGGAGUGACGGAGCCGACAGACAAUGAACAGGCAGAGGGCAUCUGACACAAUGCUGCCUGCCUGAAAAUACCCUACUGGAUUCUUCAGGUUAAGCUUGACUGCAGAGUGUUGGGACUGCACGGAUUCUUGCUAUCAUGGAAUUUCCUUUCGAUAUAAAUGCUCUUUUCCCGGAGCAGAUUUCAGUGUUGGAUCAGCAUUUGGCAGCGGGUCGAAAAUCAUCUGGAAGAGGAGAUCCUCAAGCACUCAUUGCCAGAGUCAUUGAUGAGCUGGGGAAAGCCUCGGCCAAGGCCCAGCAGCUCCCUGCACCCAUCACUAGUGCAGCCAAACUCCAGACUAACACACAUCAACUGUACCUACUCAAGGAUGGAGAAUUGAAUGGAGGACGAGGUGUGGCUGUUGGGUUCCUGAAGGUUGGAUACAAGAAACUCUUUCUCCUGGACCAGCGGGGGGCGCACGUAGAGACGGAGCCGUUGUGUGUUUUGGAUUUUUACAUCACAGAGAACCUGCAGAGACACGGCUAUGGGCAGGAGCUCUUCAACUUCAUGCUGCAGCAUAAGAAGGUGGAGCCAGAGCUGUUGGCCUAUGAUAGACCUUCCCCUAAGUUCCUGGCAUUUCUCAAAAAACACUAUGAUUUGAAGGAGGGUGUUCCUCAGGUGAAUAAUUUUGUAGUCUUCAAUGGUUUCUUCAGGAACACCGCAGCGGUCCCAUUGAGAAAAGUUCCCUCAAGAAAGCCAGAGGGAGAGAUCAAACCGUACUCGCUUGUGGAGAGGGAUGUGGUCCGGGAGGAGCGGCGAGUCCUUCCCUGGCCGUUUGUUCGCCCCGGGGGUCCCCUCCCCUCGCCACCCGUGUCGCGCUCCCUCAGUGUGGGAUCCUCCCCCAGCAGGACUCCCCCCGCCGCGCUGCACGCACACACCCGACUCAGCGACAACUGCAGGGCAAAGCGCACCAGUUCUCUUAAUCGAUCACAGUUCGGCUUCCAAUGACUCCUCCUCUUCCCAGCCCAUGCCACUGCAGGCUGUGGGGUUUUGCGGCCUUCAGUUCAUCAUUUUAGUCUUACCGAAAUGGUUUAAAUCGAGGUUUUCCACUGAACAUUGAUUACAGAUUAAAACCAUGAUGCAUUGAUAAUGAAAUGCCUAAAGGAACAAUCUGGGGCAUGAAAAGUGGAGAUACGUGUUUUUUUUUUUUUAAAAGAGUUUCUCCUGUAAGUAUUCUGUGCAGGGCUCUGUGUGACAUGUGCCCUUUUACAAUACAUCCACCUAACUGUAGUCAUUUGAAUGCUGAGUUUCUACUGGGGGCGUUUCUACUGCUGAUGUUUUUAGUGUUUGGUUUUAACCUGAGACUCUGAGACAACGAGUGUGAUAAAAAAAAAACAAUAAAAAGAGAUGAUGUCACCUCAGUCCCGAUCCAGUGAUUUAUGAUUCUGUAAAAGAGCUUCAUGUUUAGCUGACAUGGCUGAUGUCAGUUCCCAUAAUCCGGUAAAUCUGGUAAUCUGGUUCAAUUGUAAAAAUGCAGGUGCCAAGCGAGUUGUAACAGUAACAGAUACAGUACCUGUCGCGCAUUGGCUAAGGAGUCCGGGUCCAAUUCAGGCUUCCACCGUUGUGCACUUCAGCAAGGCACUUAACCCCGAGUUGCUCAGAGAAUGCCUCCUUGUAAUAUAAUUGACAUACAUAUGUAUGUCGCUUUGGAUAAAACUGGAGACUGGACACCUGUGAGGUCAUUCAAAGGCGUGAUGAAGCCUUUCACAGUGACAUCACAUGAUAUAUCUUUAUUAUCCGUAUAUGUCAUUUACGUUGUUUUUAUAUUUAACAUUAUGUAGGAGUUGGAAUUGUUUAUGUUACAGUUUAAUGUCAUUUGUUCAUUUUAAGUUGACUUCAGUUCAUUGAUUUUAUUUGGUUCUGCUUUUGUUCUACUUUUAUUCCAUAUUCUUUUCCCCAUUCUGUUCUGUUUAUCACUCCUCCCCCUCUCCAUCGUCUUUUCUGUCCAUUAUCCACCUCUCUCUGCCCCCCCCCCCCCCUCCCUCAAAUGUAUUGAUGCUACACUUCCCUCAAAUCACAUCAUCC